AGAGAGAGAGAGAGAGAGAGGAUGGAUCGAGACUGGGGAUCGAAGCCGGGGAGCGGAGGCGCCGCCACUGCCCAGAAUGAGGCCAUCGACCGCCGGGAACGUCUCCGGCGGCUCGCCCUCGAGACCAUCGACCUCGCCAAGGAUCCCUACUUCAUGCGAAAUCAUCUUGGCAGCUAUGAGUGCAAGCUAUGCCUGACGUUGCACAACAACGAGGGGAACUACCUUGCUCACACUCAGGGGAAGCGCCAUCAGACGAACCUCGCUAAGCGCGCCGCGCGCGAGGCCAAGGACUCCCCCGCCCAGCCCCAGCCUCACAAACGCAAGGUCUCACUUCGCAAGACUGUUAAAAUUGGCAGACCUGGAUAUAGAGUAACAAAGCAAUUUGAUCCAGAGACAAAGCAGCGGUCUCUUCUUUUUCAGAUUGAGUAUCCUGAGAUAGACGAUAAUGCUAGGCCCAGGCACCGUUUCAUGUCAUCUUUUGAGCAGAGGAUUCAAGCCUGUGAUAAGAGAUACCAGUAUCUUCUGUUUGCUGCUGAUCCUUAUGAGAUCAUCGGCUUCAAGGUUCCUAGCACAGAAGUAGACAAAUCUACCCCAUUGUUCUCACAUUGGGACCCUGAUCUUAAAAUGUUUACGCUGCAACUGCAUUUCAAAACCAAACCACCAGAAGGUAGCAAGCCUCCACCAGCACCUGCGCCAGGCACCAACGGCACAACAGUUCCCGGUGCACCACCAAGGCCAUUGCCACCUCCGCCUCAAGCACCUCCUCCACCUCCACCACCAUUGCAAGCACUCCCGCCAUCAGGUCCUGGCAUGAACGCCCCUCGGCCCCCUCCUAUGAUGCCACCACCACCUCCAAUUGGGGGAUCACAACCACUGCCACCACCACCAUCAAAUGGUCCACCCCGACCAAUCACUGGUCCAAUACCACCACCGGUUGGUGGUGGUGCCAUGGCGAACUUCACACCUGCUGUCCAGAUGGGGAGGCCACCGAUGCAGGGUUUUCCAGGCCAGCAGGGUGUUCGGCCACCACCUCCACCACCUAACAUGGGUCAGCAGAUUCCUAGACCACCUAUGUCUUAGAACGUUAUAAUCCUUCUGUACUGUUGAGCUGCUUGAGCAGAGUGGAUUCAUGAAAGAUAGUUGAACAUAUCAAUUAUCUUUGCUUUACUUUUUCCUUAUAAAUGUUUGUAGAACUACAAUUGGGAAAAAUGUUUAUUGAUAAUAUUGAUAGAUCCGGCUGUAUUCAUUGUUCUA